ACGCAAGAGAGAAACCUUGUGCAAUGGAUUGCUCGCAUUUACAAAGUAACUCACCUGUAUUCCAGCUUUAACACAUUCGCUGCUAGCUUAUCGAGUGCUGUCGUGUGGAAAACUGAAUUUUACAAUUGUCAUGGUUAAUGAAAUCAUAUAAAAUGGUAAAUUCCUUCAGUGAAUAUAUGUUUUUUAAGAUAUGCUCAGGUAUCGGCUGUAAAUUGUUUGAGAAUAUAAAAUUAUAUUGUAAAUCUUUAAUCCAGGCACGCCCGGUUUCAGAAUCAAAUCACUGAGGGUGCUCUACUUCUACUUUGACAUACUGUAUAUUUUUGUCCCAUUCAAUGCUAUGCUUAGCACCUUAUAUGCAUCUAUGAUUAUCACUAUGUCCGUCAUUCUAAUAUGGAGAGUGAAUCCCGGUGUACGGCAGGGGUGUCAAACACAGUUCCUGGAAAAAAGCCACUUGUUCCAAACCCGCUCCUACACGCGUACUAUGUGGUGUACAAGGUCAGAAAGUGUAGUACCUCUCCUCUCCACCGAUGGGUGUUAAGGACAGAUUCACACACGGUCGCUGUUUAUCAGUUACACGAAGGAGUCCGAGAGGCAAGAACAUGGCGACUUCCAUAUGUAGGACGUUGAAAUACUUUCAACCUAAAACAUGUCUGAAUAUAAAGUGUUCCGCUUCGCUGCUGGACGUGCGGCUGCCGCAGCCGCUGCUGCUUCCGAUCCGCACAAAGAAGCGCUACUUCAUUCCUCCGGCGGUGAACGUGAAACAGAAGAGCCAAAGCGAGCAGGAGGCUAAAGCCCGGGCUGCGGGUGUGGUGGUCCGGCAGCAGUACAUCGAGAGAGCCAUCAAUAUCUCAUGCACAGCGGGCAUCUUUGAUCCGUACGUUCCUCCUGAAGGAGAUGCACGCCUCUCCACACUUUCCAAAGAAGGUCUGAAACAGCGCACAGAACAGCUGCGUCAGAGCGCAGCAUCACAGCUGGCCUUUCGUAAAAUAAAAGACCAUGACCCUGAGUUCUCCACUAAAGAGUUCCCAGCACUAGCUCAGCAGAUCUUCAUAGACGCUCAUGCAGCACUCACACAAUUUAACAAAGAAAAGCUUCAUUCUUUGGUGACAGAGAGGUGUUACCCUGAGAUGGUUCGAGGGAACCGUUAUAAGACUCUGCGCUGGCGCUUCAUUGAGUCACUGGAGUCACCGCGAGUGGUCCAUGCAAGGUGUCCUGACAUGAUCAGCAAGGGCAACCUUUAUGGUCAGGUGACUCUCCGUAUGCACUCUAGACAGACAUUGGCAAUCUAUGACCGCUUUGGCCGGUUGAUGCUUGGGGAUGAGGAUGAACCCAGGGACGUCCUGGAAUACAUAGUGCUGGAGAGGCAUCUGGUAAACCCCUAUGGGUGCUGGAGACUUCAUGGCAAGAUUGUUCCAGCAUGGGCUCCGCCAAAAGAUCCAAUUAUAAAGACUGUUUUGAUUCCUGGUCCUAAGCUGAAGCCCGAGGAGGAGUUUAAGGAUCUGAAUUACCAGGUACCAAAACCAGCGGCAGUGCAGUGGCACAAGUAAUUCUGAAUGUGGUGCCUUACUCCAUCCAACACAGGUCCACUCUGUACAGACUGAUUUCAAAUAAUCCAAAUAAAUAUUGCUGUAUUUAUAAAAA